CCAAGCAACCUGCAUCCCAAACAACAAAUAUCCAACACCAGACUAACCAUGAAGACCAUAGCAACUGCUGUUUUACUGCUUUUCUUUGUCUUCUCAACAAAAUCAUGUUUCCUUGGGGUAGCCAACGCUGCAAACGAGCCUGUGCUUGAUACCGAUGGUGAUGAGCUCCUUCCAGGUACUGAAUACUAUGUUGUGUCAGCAAUACGGGGAGCUGGUGGCGGUGGGCUAGAUCUGGGCUGGUCUUCAAAUUUUAGAUGCCCAAAAUUCGUUAUUCAAAGAAAUCUUGACGUCGACAAUGGCAGGCCGGUAACAUUUUGGCCUGUGGACCGGAACGCUAGUGUUGUCUAUCUAUCCACCGACGUCAACAUAGUGUUCGUUCCCGGCUUAGACGCUUACUGCCGGACAUCCACUCAGUGGAAACUUGACAAUUAUGACCCUUCAACGGGAAAAUGGUGGAUUACGACUGGUUCGGUUAGAGGUGAACCUGGUCCUAACACUUUGAUGAGUUGGUUUAAGAUUGAGAAAGUUGGACCCGAGAUGGAUAGGGUUUACAAGCUUACAUUUUGUCCUUCAGUCUGUGAUUCGUGCAUAACUUUAUGCAAUGAUAUUGGUAGAUAUUCUUAUGAUGGACUGAGGCGCUUGGCUCUCAGUCCCGGAGGAUGGCCAUUCAUGUUUAUCAAAGCAUCUAGCGCGAAAGAAUAACUUCCUUGGAAGAACAAGUAUAAAUUUAUGUAUGAACUAUCCAACUAGCUUUGUUAGCCAGUAGCUACUUUCGCUAAAUAAAAUUUAAGUGUCUGCUUCCCAAUAAAAUCGGUAUGUAAUGUUCUGGUAAUUAACAAGCUAGUCGGAUGCGUUCUUCUAAGGUUGCCUUGUUUGAGCCUGGAAUCUGCUUACUUGUCUUAUUUUCAUAGCCCAACUUUGUCGUUUAUGAAUAAAUGAUUUGCUUCUCUGCAAUAUGUGUAUGUAAUAAAUUGGCUUCUACUCUUGCCGCCA